CUAACAUUGAUGGUGGCCAAUAAUCAAGUGGAGGCAUGACGGACAUAAAGAAUUUUCUGUAUGCUUGGUGCGGAAAGCGCAAGGUUACGCCAAAUUAUGACAUCCGUGCAGCUGGUAACAAGAACAGACAAAAGUUUGUUUGUGAGGUCCGAGUAGAUGGGUUUAAUUACACUGGUAUGGGAAAUUCUACUAGCAAGAAGGAUGCCCAGACAAAUGCUGCUAGAGACUUUGUCAAUUACCUGGUUAGGACUGGAGAGAUGAAAGCAGAUGAAGUCCCCAGCUUAAAGGGAAUUGAACCUAGUGCUGUUGAUGGCAGUGAAAGUGGUGUACCAGGGGAAUUGCCAUCCAGUGUUCCCUGUGCUCCUCACUUAGCUACAAAGCAAGCAGCUGAUUCUGGUUUUGGAGGCAAAGGAGGAGGAUUUGGUGGUUAUUGGGAACGCGGAGCCAAUCUGAAGGAGUAUUAUGAAAAGAGGGAUGAACAAGAAGCCCAAGCAACUUUGGAGUCUGAAGGCUUGGAUCUGAAUGCUGGUCUUCAUGGUAACUGGACGCUUGAAAAUGCCAAAGCCCAACUCAACCAAUUCUUCCAAAAAGAGAAGAUUCAAGCUGACUAUAAAUAUGCUCAAGUGGGACCUGAUCACAACAGGAGUUUUAUUGCAGAGAUGACUAUUCAUGUGAGACAGCUGGGACGAAAAAUCACAGCCCGUGAACACGGUUCAAACAAGAAACUGGCUGCACAAUCAUGUGCACUGUCACUAGUCCGACAGCUUUACCAUCUAGGGGUGUUUGAAGCUUUCACUGGACAUACAAAGAAGAAAGAGACUGAAAAAGUGGAACCAUAUGAAGUGAAUAUUACAGCGGAUUUGGAACGCCAGCUUGAUUCUGUUGUCACUGACCUGGGAUUACAGCUGAUCCCACCACCCGAAGACCCAAAUAGUCCAGUUUCACUUACAGUUGGAAAGCUUGCCCAUUUUGAGCCAUCGAUUCGACAGAGCUUUGCAGGAGUUGUACCAUGGUCACCUCCUCAAGUGAACUGGAACCCUUGGACCAGCAGCAAUAUAGAUGAAGGACCACUUGCAUAUGCAACACCAGAACAAAUCAGUGUGGAUUUGAAGGAUGAGCUACAUUAUCAGAUGCAGAAUGAUAUCAGUCUACAAAAAAUACUGAGCGAAAGAAGCCAACUGCCAGUCAAAAAUUUUGAAGAUGAAAUUCUUGAAGCAAUCAACUCCAAUUCAGUAAUCAUUAUUCGAGGUCAAACUGGAUGUGGUAAAACUACCCAGGUUCCUCAAUACAUUCUUGAUGAUUACAUCAAAAAAGGCAGAGGUUCUGAGUGCAACAUUGUAGUGACACAGCCUCGACGUAUUAGUGCUGUGUCAGUUGCAGAGCGUGUUGGUUGUGAACGAGGAGAAGAGCUGGGCAAGAGCUGUGGUUACAGUGUUCGAUUUGAAUCCAUAUUGCCAAGACCACAUGGCAGUAUAAUGUUCUGUACUGUAGGUGUAUUGCUGAGGAAGUUAGAGGCUGGCCUUCGUGGUAUAAGUCAUGUAAUUGUGGAUGAAAUUCAUGAGAGAGAUAUUAAUACUGAUUUUCUUCUUGUGGUUUUACGUGAUGUUGUCCAGACAUACCCUGAUAUCCAUGUUAUUCUCAUGUCUGCCACCAUUGACACUACCAUGUUCAGAGAGUACUUUUUUAACUGUCCAAUAAUCGAAGUGCAUGGAAGAACAUUCCCUGUUCAAGAAUAUUUCUUAGAAGACUGUAUCCAGAUGACUCAGUUUGUUCCUCCUCCGAGAGACAAGAAGAAAAAAGACAAAGAUGAGGAAGGUGGUGGUGAUGAUGAGGAGGUUAACUGCAACAACAUUUGUGGUGAUGAUUAUGGGCCAGAAACCAAACGUGCUAUGGCGCAGAUGAGUGAAAAGGAGACUCCAUUUGAACUGAUAGAAGCGUUACUCAAGUAUAUUGAAACAUUGGAUGUCGAUGGGGCAGUUCUUGUUUUCUUGCCUGGAUGGAACUUGAUUUUUGCCAUGCAAAGACAUCUGGAAAUGAAUUCUUACUUUGGAAGCCAUAGAUACAGAAUUCUGCCAUUACAUUCGCAGAUUCCAAGGGAGGAACAGCGCAGGGUGUUUGAUCCUGUACCACCAGGAGUCAGAAAGGUCAUUUUGGCCACAAACAUUGCAGAAACCAGUAUUACCAUUAAUGAUGUGGUUUAUGUCAUUGAUUCAUGCAAACAGAAGAUGAAGCUGUUUACAUCUCACAACAACAUGACCAAUUACGCCACAGUGUGGGCUUCCAAGACCAAUUUGGAGCAGCGACGGGGUAGAGCAGGUCGUGUCCGACCUGGCUUCUGCUUCCAUCUCUGUAGCAGGGCACGAUUUGAGAGACUUGAGACCCACAUGACUCCUGAGAUAUUCCGCACACCUCUUCAUGAAGUGGCUCUGAGCAUCAAACUUCUUCGUCUGGGAGGAAUUGGACCAUUUUUGGCUAAAGCUAUUGAACCCCCACCACUGGAUGCAGUUAUUGAGGCAGAGCACACUUUGAGAGAACUUGAUGCUUUGGAUACCAAUGAUGAGCUGACUCCACUGGGCCGCAUCUUGGCUCGACUUCCUAUUGAACCACGUCUAGGCAAAAUGAUGAUUAUGGGCUGCAUUUUCCAUGUUGGUGAUGCUGUGUGCACCAUAUCUGCUGCUACCUGUUUUCCAGAGCCUUUUAUUAAUGAAGGCAAACGUCUUGGCUACGUGCACAGGAAUUUUUCAGGAACAAGAUUUUCAGAUCAUGUGGCUCUACUUUCAGUUUUUCAGGCCUGGGAUGAUGCAAGAAUGGGAGGGGAAGAUGCAGAAAUCAGAUUUUGUGAGCAUAAAAGGUUAAACAUGGCGACUUUACGGAUGACAUGGGAAGCUAAGGUUCAGCUGAAGGAUAUCCUCAUCAACUCUGGAUUCCCUGAAGAAUGUCUGAUGACACAGGUAUUUAACAAUACCGGACCAGAUAACAAUCUUGAUCUGGUUAUUUCGCUUCUGUGCUUUGGACUGUAUCCCAAUGUCUGCUACCACAAGGAAAAACGGAAAAUAUUAACAACAGAGGGGCGUAAUGCACUUAUCCAUAAGUCUUCUGUCAAUUGUCCUUUCAGCAAUCAAGAUUCAAAAUAUCCUUCUCCAUUCUUUGUGUUUGGGGAAAAGAUCCGAACUCGUGCUGUAUCCGCAAAGGCAAUGACUUUAGUUAGUCCACUCCAGCUGCUCUUUUAUGGUUCGAAGAAGGUGACAGGAAGUGGUGAAAUUAUUUUGAUGGAUGAAUGGAUAAAGUUGAAGAUGCCACACUACGCAGCAGCUGCAAUUGUUGCUUUGCGUGCAGGAAUGGAGGCACUGGUUGUCGAAGUUGCUAAGGAUCCUGAAUUCAUACGGCAACUGGAUCCCACACAUGAGCGGUUGCUGAACGUGAUUCGGCAUAUUUCAAAACCUGGGGCAGCAGGCAUUAAUCUUAUGGCACACACAAGAUUUGGUGAUGGUCCUCGUCCUCCCAAGAUGGCACGUUAUGACAAUCAAGGAUUUGGUGGAAGAGGGAGUGGUCGUGGUUCAGGUUAUAGGGGAGGAGGUGGUUAUGGAAGAGGAAAUGGUUACAGUGGCUCCCGUAGCAGUUACAGUUCUGGAUAUUUUGGAGGAGGGAGAGGAGGUGGUGGUGGAAACUACCAGGGUGGUGGAUACCGCAACUACCAAAGUGGUGGUGGAAGUGGAGGAUACGGUGGCUACCAAAAUAGAGGUGGAAGUGGAGGAUAUGGUGCUUAUCAAGGUGGAGGUGGAGGGUACAGUGGCUACCAGAGUGGUGGUGAUAAUAGUGAUGAUACUCAUAGUGGUGGUGGUGGAUAUGGUGGUAACCGGGGUGGUGGUGGAUAUGGUGGUAACCGGGGUGGUGGUGGGUACGGUGGUAACCAGAGUAGUGGUGGAUAUGGUGAUAAUCAGGGUGGUGGUGGAUAUGGUAGUAACAGGAGUGGUGGUGGGUAUGGUGGUAACCAGAGUGGCAGUGGAUAUAGUGAUAACCAGGGUGGUGGUGGUGGGUACGGUGGUAACCGGGGUGGCGGUGGGUACGGUGGUAACCAGGAUGGUGGUGGAUACGGUGGUAACCGGGGUGGUGGUGGGUAUGGUGGUAACCAGGAUGGUGGUGGGUACGGUGGUAACCGGGGUGGUGGUGGGUACGGUGGUAACCAGGGUGGUGGUGGGUACGGUGGUAACCGGGGUGGUGGUGGGUACGGUGGUAACCGGGGUGGUGGUGGAUACGGUGGUAACCAGGGUGGUGGUGGGUACGGUGGUAACCGGGGUGGUGGUGGAUACUGUGAUGACCAGGGUGGUGGAGGAUAUGGAGGACGAUAUGAAGACAAGGGUGUCUUCUAGAAAAAAUGCAGGUGACCGAAAGUUGCAUUUGUGCACAACUUAUAUGCAUUGAUAGUAACAUAGCUGUGUAUUAAUUAUGUUAAGUAAAACAACAGUGCAUGUACAUUGCAAAUGUGAUCAGUUUCAGUUGUUAUGAUGCAAAUAUUUUAUAUACUUGGUGUGCAUUUUCAAGUGCAAUCUUACAGCGAAGGCAUAUACUUGUGUCACAUCUAAAAUACCAACUUAAAAUUUCCAAGCACAUUGAAGUUUAGAGCUGAUGACUAGUUUUGAAUGUCUUCAUAUUUUCAUUGUAUUGCAGAAGAAAUAAAAGUUGGAAAAAGAUUUGUGUUAGCCUAAUGAAGAAAUACAUUAAAAGCAUUCAUGAGAACUAGCAAAAUGAAAACAAACUCCUUUAAUGCUUAUUAUUUUUAGGUCCAUUCAAAAGAGGAGCAUGUUGCUACAAGUUUAU